UAUAAGAGGUGAGAGGCAGCGAUGCUUUAGGAACCGGCUUUCUGUCUGUCCUUUUUGUUUCUUGCAGCGCUCCUGCCUCUUUAACCCGGUCGGCUCCAUCAUGCUGCUCCAAGCUCUGCUGCAGACUUCUCUGCUUCUCUGGCUGGCUCAGAAAACGCUGCAAGGAGGAGUUAGGCCUCAAAAUGUGGCCUAUGGGAGAGCACUGCCAGCUCGAGGUGUUGGUAUUGGAGUAAAACCUGGAGUUACUGGAGCCCUUGGUGCAGUAGGAAACCGAUAUGGCACAAAGGCAAUGAAGACUGGGAUUGGCCGCUAUCCUGGGGCUCACCUUGGUGUUGGAGGCUACAGAUCUCUUGGAUUAGGAGGAAGGGGAGGCCUAAAGCAAGGCGGGUAUGGAACCCAGGGGGGUUAUGGCGCCAGUCUGGGAACAGGAAUGGGACUAAGCCCUGGACUUACAAACGGACUGGGACUAGGUCUGGGCCAGGGAGGAAAGCGUGUUUAUGGUGCAGGCCUUGGCCCUCUUCCAGGUUAUGGAGCUUAUCCAGGAGUUGGGUACCAAGGAGUACGACCAGGUGUGUCUGCAGCAGAUUUGGGUCGACCUGAGGGGGCCAGUCUGGGUCAAGCAGCUCAGACGAGCAGAGCUGUAGGUCAGGUGCUUGGAGAACAAGAAAGAUCACUUGGAGAUGGACUGAGGAGAAGCAGCACAUUUGGUCCUACUGUUCCCAGAAUACAUGCGAGAAUCGAGGUGAAAAGGCCGAGUCUGGGCAUGCAGUCGUCAAGUCUUAGACCAACAUUGCCUUUUGAUAAACAGAAUAAAAUUCUUGGUCUUUCACCUUUGCAAAGACAAGACAAAUAUGAACCUUUUGGUUUUGAAAGAAGGGGAACCGUAGGUCGUGAUGCCAUGUUAGCAGGUGCUGGUAUGAGCAGGCAGCUUCCUGUUGAUCAAGGCAUCAAAAGUCUGGAUUCCUACAGUCCUCGACUUCACGAUCCCACAGAUCCAUCAACUCCAGGAAAUCAAGAUGCUAGAAACUGUGAAUCUGCUGCUGAUUUGUCAGAGCUGUUGGACAUUAAUCCCCUGGACGGUAAAAUGGGCAAACACCGUGGGUGUAAAAAUCUUCCUGCACGAGGUCAAGAUGUCAGAGGCAAUUUAUUCUCCACUGGGCAGCGUCAGGAAGGCAUAAAUCCUUUAUUUGCACCUACGGACACUCAGGACAUCAGAGGACCUCACGCUCAAGACAGAAUCAGGCUGACAGACCAGCGCUACCAUCCUGUGAUCCCAGGCGCAAGCAGGACCCAAAGUUUUGGAGUCACCUUAACUGGAGAAGAGCAGAAAGCUGAAGGUUUAACUGGAGAAGAUGCCAGACACCUUUCUGAAGCUGAAUAUGUAGACAAACGGUCAAAAGCUCGUCGUCUGCCAGGGCAGACUGAGGGGAAUACGCAGGCAGCAAGUUAUAUGGGAGGAGCAGGAAACUAUCUUGGAGCAAGCCUGGGUGCUGCAGGCUAUGGAACAGGUUUAGGACAGGGAGCUUAUCUGGGAGGUGCUGCAGGAAAACUUAGCGCUGCUGCUGCGCUCGGACAGGGCGCGUAUCCCCAAGGUGUUGCAGGGAAAUCAAACGGCUAUGGCGAUGGAGCGACAGGAUAUCUUGGUGCGAUGGCGGGUAAUGGCUUUGGUUACGGAAAUGGUUACGGUGAUGGCUAUGGAGCAGGGCUUGGUUACCCUGCAGAGUUAGCUGAUGGUGCUGAGAGCAAAGCAAGAAAGAUUGAAGCACUCGGCACAGGAGGCUAUGCAGGACAGGUCCAGGGGGGAUAUGGAGCACUUGGUACCGGAUUGGAAUCAGCUGGUGGCAAAUAUGGAGGAGCCGCUCAGGUUCCUUACGGCAACGCUCCGGUGAUCCCCGCUGGGCUGGAAGGUGAUGGAGGCUACCCGUAUGCUUCGCAGCAGCUCAGUCUCGGUGCUGAAAGUGCCAAAGCCGCCAGCAAAUAUGGUGCAGCUGCAGGAUAUGGAACCCAGCAAGCAGGAUACGGUGCACAGCUUGGAGUCGCUCAGGAUGCUCUGGUGGAGCCGGCUGGCAAAUAUGAUGGGGUGAAUGCUGCCCUUGGUAACGGGUACAAAGGUUAAGAAAGGCGGCGUGGACCUCUUCAGGUGGAUCUUCAUGUAACUUUUGAUUUAUUGUUCCUGAUUUCUCCUUAUCACCCUUAUUUGUCUUGACCUCACAACUCCUGCUGUACCCGACUCCUUGUGCUCUGUUUUAUUUCGUCAAACUUUGUGCUGGAUGAUGAACAAAAGUAGAUGAACAGAGCAAGAAAUGUGUGUUUAUGUUUUGUUGAAUUUUGCCUGAUGAUUUCAUUGUUUCACUCCAAUAAAUCAUCAUGUCACACAAUGUUGAAUAAAAAAAAAAAGUUCUCAGUCAA